GAUUCGAUGAAGUCUAAAUGCAUGGCGAUCGGCAGUAGUGGAACAGAGAUAGAGCAAGAGUUAUUCUGAUACAUUGCGCCAUUAAUAAAUUAUCAAGUCAUCAUUUAUAUUUUUUUUUUGGUGGUGAACGAAAGGUGGUUGAACAUUUUUCGAUAAAAAUUUGAUUUUUAAUUGGGAAAAAGAUUGAGUGAAAGAGGUUUCCAAACGUUUCAAAAUGUUCUCACUUCAAGCAUAUAAUCAACAAAUUCUAUUUCAUUUGAGUCAAAUCACACCGAGGCGACAUACAAUUCGAAUAAAGGAGUCGAAGCCGGAGAGGAAAACCAAUCAAAUCAAUCAAAAUGAGUUCGAACAAUUGUGUCAACAGAGUUUAUGUGAAGCGGUUAGAAAUUUUCAAGCAUCGCCGAAUACAAAAAUAUUAGAGCUACCGAUUUCCGUGAUCAUGAAACAAAAACCAUUGGCAUUGAAACAUACAACACAAACCAAAAGUGCAAUAAAAAAUUUGACGAAUUUUGAAAAUACCCUACGAAUGAGUUAUGUGUCAAAGAAUUCGUUUCGAGAGAAUAAAUCUGAACCGAUACACGAUGUCACAACAGAAUCUCUUGCUCAAGCAAGAACCACAACAACCAGUCUCACCAAUAAUUUUUUACUAGCUUCAAAUCUAAUGCAUCAUCUUAGCCAACCGAUAUCCAACAGAACAAUGCAAAUUCGUGGCUUUAAGACACAACGAAAUAUCGAAUCACAACUUAAACGAAAUCCAACAUUUUUAACUCGAAUCCAGAAAAGUUUUGAUCCGUUGUCAAAAGUCGAUAUCGGAAAUACAUCACCAAAACAACGUGAAGUUUUAACAAAAAUAUUAGCAGCAACCGAUAACGAUGCAACAUCUGGUGACAAUCAAAAGCAACGUAUUAAAUUGGCAUUUGCAGAGGGCUACUUAGCGGCAAACACUGAAGAUAAAUUAGGCAUUGCUUCAAAACUCGUUAAGAUUACCUCACAAAUAAUCUCAUUGGGACUGUUCAUAGCAAUUUUAUACCUUUUAUUCUCGGCACAAGGCUCCAUAUUCAGUAGAAUGCAGCUUGGCCCACAAAUCGAAGUCGAUCCAGAGGAAAUCAGUGUAAAAUUCUCAGAUGUGAAGGGUUGUGAUGAGGCGAAACAAGAGUUACAUGAAAUUGUAGAAUUUUUGAAAAAUCCGUCCAAAUUUUCUCAACUUGGCGGUAAAUUACCGAAAGGAGUUUUACUGGUCGGUCCUCCAGGAACUGGCAAAACAUUGUUGGCACGUGCUGUAGCCGGUGAAGCUGGAGUUCCAUUCUUUCAUGCAGCUGGUUCCGAGUUCGAUGAAAUGUUUGUGGGACAAGGUGCCCGACGUAUUCGUGAUUUAUUCAAAGCGGCCAAAGAUCGUGCACCAUGCGUAAUUUUCGUCGAUGAAAUUGAUUCGGUUGGUGGAAAAAGAACAAAUUCCGUUGUACAUCCGUAUGCCAAUCAAACAAUCAAUCAAUUGCUUUCGGAAAUGGAUGGAUUCCAUCAAAAUGAAGGUGUUAUCGUUUUGGGUGCUACAAAUCGACGUAAUGAUCUAGAUAAGGCAUUGCUACGACCUGGUCGUUUUGACGUUGAGGUAUCUGUACCGGUUCCAGAUUUCGUGGGACGACAACAAAUCAUUGCACUCUAUCUGAAAAAGGUCUUACACAGAGACGUUGACAUUGAUCAAUUGGCACGUGGCACAACUGGUUUUACGGGAGCAGAUCUUGAGAAUAUGAUUAAUCAGGCAGCGUUGCGUGCCGCAAUUGAUGGUGCCGAUGUGGUUACGAUGAAACAUUUUGAAAAUGCACGUGACAAAAUAAUCAUGGGACCAGAACGAAAAUCACGAUUGCCUGAUGAAGAAGCCAACGAAAUUACCGCUUAUCAUGAAGCUGGUCAUGCGAUAGUUGGCUAUUAUACAAAAGACGCUAGUUCAUUGCAUAAAGUUACGAUUAUUCCGCGUGGUCAAUCACUUGGUCAUACCGCAUAUUUGCCUAAAAAAGAACAUUAUCACGUCACGAAAUCGCAAUUGCUUGCAAUGAUGGACACAAUGAUGGGUGGACGUGCUGCAGAGGAGCUAAUUUUUGGAUCGGAAAAAGUUACGGCCGGCGCUGGUGAUGAUCUGAAACGGGCUACAAAAAUUGCCCACAAUAUGGUUAAAGAUUUGGGAAUGUCAGACAAAUUUGGACUUCGAACGAUUAAAGAUCCAGAACCGUAUGUCGAAUCAGAACUUUUAGGUCCUAAUACAACCGAAUUGAUCGAUGCUGAAAUUAAACGUAUCAUGACCGAAAGCUAUGAACGGGCGAAAUCAAUUCUGAAAACUCACGCAAAAGAACACAAAGCGCUCGCCGAAGCACUUCUCAAAUAUGAAACACUCGAUGCCGAAGACAUAAAAUCAAUUUUGACUGGUGCCAAAAAGGCGACCGAUAGCAGUAACUAAUUCUUUUCAAUCGUCAAUGCAUAAAAUGCAAUUCACUUAGCGAUAUCAAUCGAACAUAUAAAUAUAAUUCUAGUUUUAUAGAAGAAAAUGCAAAAAAAUCAGAAUAAAAAAAAUACCAAGCCAAUGUUUCACUUCAUUAUUUAUUAAUUUAA